AUGUCUUCGCACGCCCCCUUUCCAGACGUCACCGGCCUUCGCACCUCUGGUCCAGGCUGGUCGAGGAUCGGCGACGAUUGCGAGUACAUCGACGCCGUCUUCCACACCGAGCUCGACGUCGAGCAACUCGCCUCUUCCUCGCCCUCUAGACGGCCAGCGGACCUCAUCUGGGCUGCAUGGGCAACGGUGCUGUACCACUACGGCUCGCACGAGGCGUCCAAUGUCGAGAUCGUCGACCUGGGAUCCGACUCGAAACAAUCGGACACCCUCGUCACCCUUGAUUUCGAAGGGCCAAGCGCGGAUGAGAGCCUCGAUCCUGCCGCACUGCUCGAGCUUGUCGGCGACCGCCGGCGCGAGGCUGUCAGCUUGGCGGGCGGCCUCGAGCAUGGCUACGCUGCUGCCGCCUUGCCCGCUGACGAGACCAUUGCAACGGCAAGAGGGCCUCCGCCAACCUUUUCGAGCCUGCGCCUGGAAUCAAACAGGGCGCUAUCCCUCAUCCUGACCGCCUACUCGCACGAAAACCAGGGAACCCAUCGCCUCAGCCUCUCCAUGAAGGCGAGUCCGGCCGUACACACCUCGGAUUCGGCCGCCCUGCAGCUGCAGCAGGUGGCUUCGCUGGUGUCGUCGUUCCUGCGCGAUGUCGAGACCCACGCGUUGAGUGUCGAGCGCUUCGACCUGGCGCUACGAGCCAGCGACAACCUCCACUACGUCGAGCUGCCGGAACCAGACUAUCUCGCGGACCGACACCACGACCGGCUCGAGUGCGAGUUUGAAUACUUCGCAGACACGCGACCCAACGAUCUGGCGCUCGACUUCCGCUUCGAUCUCCAAGACCGCCAGUCGGUCAAGUGGACCUAUGCCGAGAUGAAUGCGCGGGCCGACAGGGUGCGGAACCUGCUGUGGAGCCAUGGCAUCGGCUCGGCCAGCACCGAUGCCGACGCCGGCGGCGACCAGAUCGUCGCCCUCUACCUCGAAAAGAGUCCAGAGACCUAUCUCUCGUUCCUGAGUGUCGUCAAGGCGGGUGCCGCGUGGUGUCCCAUCGAUACCGACUGGCCGGCCUCACGUCGACAGGCGCUGCUCGCCAAGUCCAACGCCAAGGUGGUCCUGGUUGCCGGGGACGCCGUAUCGCGCAAUCUCGACGAGGACCUCAACAGCGAUGAUCUCCGCAACCGCGGCAUGCACCCGAUCCGGCUCGACAAGAUUGUUGUCGUCGACCAGGCCAACGGCGUGGCUCCCCGGCCGUUGCAGCCGCGUUCGCGCGAGCAGCUCGCCUACAUGAUCUGGACCUCGGGCACCACUGGCCUUCCCAAGGGCGUCGGGAUCCAGCACUGGGCCAUCGUGCAGGCCAUGCGCGCGCUGCGCCUCAAGAUCCCCUACGGCAAGGCGGCGACCGGCACCGACGAGGUCCGCUACCUCCAGUACUCGGCAUACAACUUUGACCUCUCCAUCAUGGACUGCUUCUACGCUUGGGGCAUCGGCGGCACCAUCUGCGCCUGCCCGAGGGGCCUACUGCUGCAGGACCUGGUGGCAGUCGGGACGAGCUUCCGGCCGACGCAUACGCUGCUGACGCCCGCGGUCAUGGCAAUGACCGAGAGACACGCGAUACCCAGCCUGAAGGUCGUCAUCAACGGCGGCGAGAAGCUCAGCCAGGUGGUGGCCGACGAAUGGAGCAAAGAGUGCUGCCUGCUGAACCUCUAUGGCCCGGCCGAGGCCACGCUGAUCGCCAUGAACCGCCGCGUGCCCCUGGGUGAUCGCGUCAAGGCCCCCAACAUCGGCGUCGCUCUGCCAACAGUCUCCUGCCACGCGCUCGACAAGGCCGACCGCGUCGUCCUCAAGGGCGCCGUGGGAGAGCUGGUGCUCGGUGGUCCUCAGCUGGCGCGCGGCUAUGUCGGCGAUCCCGUCAAGACGGCCGACAAAUUCUUCCCGCACGCUCAGCUCGGCAGGGUCUACCGCACCGGAGACCUCGUCCGACAGCUCGGCAACGCCGAGUUCGAGUACCUCGGCCGCAUCGACGACCAGGUCAAGAUCAACGGAAUCCGCAUCGAGCUGCUCGAGAUCAACGCCGCCAUAAAAAACAGCCACGAGGCGGUCAAGGACUCGGAGACAAUGGCCUUCCCGCGUCCGGGCAGCGACACCGAGCUGCAGAUCAUCAACUUCUCCGUCUUCCCCAGAGAGGCCGGCGCCGACGGCGACGAGCUGCUCCGCACCGACCCGCCGGCCGUGGCGGUCGCGCGUGAUCUGCAGAAGGCCGCCAAGGAAUCGCUGCCGUCGUACAUGCUGCCGUCGAUGUUCGUCAUCCUCUCGCGCUUCCCGCGCACCUCGAGCGCCAAGAUUGACCGCGUGGCGCUCAAGCAGGUGCUCGCCAACUUCGACUCGCUCGACUGGGAAAACAAGCUGGCUGAAGCCGAUGGCGGUCCCGACGCCGAUGCGCCGCCUAGCGAGGCCGAGGAGUGCAUGCGCAAGUGGCUCGCCAAGCUGUGCAACGUGGCUCCCGAAAAGAUCGGCCGCAACACGCCCUUCACCAGCGUCGGUCUCGACUCGAUCCGUGCCAUCACCUUCUCGCAGAAGCUGCUGCAGGAGGGCUACACGGUCUCGGUCGUCGACGUGGCCGAGUAUCCGACGCUGAUCUCUCUCAGCAGGCAGCUCGACUCGUCGGCAUCCCAGGCGGAAGCAAAGGAGGCGAGGGCCGCCGACUUCUUUGGCCGCUUCGACAGCCACUUCCGCCAGGCCGUUCUGGACAGGCUGUCGGUGUCGUCGGCCGACGUUGGUGCCGUCCUGCCAUGCACACCGCUUCAGGAGGGCAUGCUCGUCGAGAGCCAGCAGGAUCCAAUGGCCUACCGCAUUCAGCGCCAGUACCGGGUGUCAGGCAAGCUGGAUCGGCGACGGCUCGAGUCGGCGCUCGGACGGCUCAUCGACGAAGCAGACAUCCUCAGGGCCUCGUUCAUCGAGACUGGCGCCCUAGACGUUGAGGCGGGCAGCGACUGGCCAUCCCCGCCCAUCUUCGUGCAGGUUGUUUGGUCGCGCGGCUCGGCAGAGAUCUACGAUUUGGACCUUGGCGCCGGGGACGACCUCGAGGGGGCGGUGACGGCCACAGUUCGGGACCGGGUAAAGCUGAGUCCGUUCGGCAAGCGUGCGCCGGUCGCGUUCCUCAUCGUCCGUCAGGCCGAGCAGAUUUCCCUCGUCCUUGUCGCCCAUCACAGUGUGUACGACGCUCGCUCGCUGGCGAUCCUCGAGGACCGCAUCGAGCGGCUCUAUGCACAGGAGCAGGACCUGCCGCGGAUCUACCAAUUUCCGACCGCGCUGUCCCACAUUCUGCCGCUUGACAGCGACGAGGAGGCGGCGCGACGCACCGCCUGGGAGAAGGCGCUGGCAACCUACCCACGAGGCGAGCUCAGCAUCUUCCCCAACCUCAGCGGCAGCCUUCCGCAGGCCGGCUCGGCUCCUGACAGCGUCCACCGAACUGCCGGCCAAAAGGCGUCGGUCAGCUGGUCCGAGGUGGAGCAGGUCUCGAGAAAGCUUGGCAUCUCGGCGCGGCCGCUCGUCCAGGUCGCUUGGGCCAAGGUCCUCGGCGCCUAUCUCGACACUGACCACCUCAUCAUUGGCGACUCGGUGUCAGGGCGGAGCUCUGCGGCCGAGCUCGAGCAGGUCGUUGGACCUGUCCUCUCGACCCUUCCAGUGCCGGUCUUCCUGGACAGUCAGCAUAGCGUGGCCGAAGUCGCAAGGCAGGUCGACGCCUUCCACCGCAGUGUCUUUGCCGCGCAGCACACCCACCUCGGCUCGAUCCGCAAGCUGCUUGAGGUGCCGGCCGGCCAGCAGCUCUUCCACUCGGUCUUUGUUUUCGAGCCUGCUACCGAGACGCAGCACUCGACGAUGGGACAAGACGGGAUGGCACUCGGGCUGGAACGGGUCGCCGACCUCGCUGUGGCGACCGAGCAUGCGUUGGGCGUCGAGGUGCAACCUAACGCCGAUGGCAGCAUCCGGCUCGGCGUCAGCUGGCGGCGCGCGCUGGUCUCGGACGCAUACGGACGCCUGCUUCUCAAGCAAUUCGAUGCGUGUCUCGCGGCGAUCUGCGCCUCGCCCGAGGCAACGAUCAGAGACUGCUUCUCCUUCCGCGAGGUUGCGGACGACGGAAUCGUCGCGAUCUCGGCCAUCGACUCCCCUCCAUCCAUCGCGGUGGCUGGACUCGAGAAUGUAGGCCACGCCGUCUCGGUCUCGGCGAAGGACUCGAGCACCAACAAGACCAACGCCGUCGAGAUCUUUUCCGAGAUCCCCGAGGCCCGCGCAGGACGUCGCGCAUCGGCAGCCAUGACCUAUGCCGAGCUAGAAGAGGCCAGCAGCCGCGUGGCUGCGUACCUUGCCAGCCUCGACUUGCCGCGCAACGCGGUCGUCGCAGUCUGCCUGCAGCGCAGCCUUGCCUCUUACAUCUACCCCAUCGGUGUCCUCAAGGCCGGGUUCGCUUACCUGCCACUCGACGAGACGCUGCCCCUCGACCGCAAGAAGCUCCUGCUUGAAGAUAGCUCGGCAGCGUGCCUCAUCGCCGACCGACCGGAAGAUCUAGACAGGGGUUCCACGGCAAAUCUUGUCGUUGUCUCUGUCAACAGCGAGGAGCAUCGCUCUCGGCUAUCGGCAGUCUCGCCACGUUCGCCUUUGCCCCAAUCGCUCGGAGCCGGUCCGGACGAUGUCGCCUUCAUCAUCUACACGUCCGGCUCGACGGGCAAGCCCAAAGGCUGCCUCCUCACCCAUCGCAACCUGUCGACGGCGAUCGAGGCGUUCCGCCUGGUCUACGAGCGCGAGGCACCCGGCUCCUUCGCGAGCGGCGCCCGCUUCCUGGCGCGCUCAGCUGAGGCCUUCGAUGUCCACCUGCUGGAGAUCUUCCUCUCGCUCCGGGUCGGCGCCACCAUCGUCACCGGUCCUCGCCAUGUGAUUCACGAUGACCUGGCGCAGACCAUGUCGAUGCUCGAGGUUACCCAUGCCUGCGUCGUCCCCUCGCUCUUCUUCAGCCGCGGGCAGCGGAUCAGACCGGAGCAGGUCCCCAGUCUGAGGGCGCUGAUCAUCGGCGGCGAGGCGCUGACGGCCGACCUGUGCCAGCUCUGGGGCAGCUUCGGCAGCGAGAGACCGGUCGUGCUCAAUGCAUACGGGCCCAGCGAGGCGACGAUCGGCACGUCGAUCGCCCGAGUCUCGAAGCGAUCGGUCACGGGCAAUAUCGGCACGCCGUUCCCCGGCACGCGCUAUCUGGUGCUCAAGACUGCCGGCGACAUGCUGGUGCCAGCGCUGCGCGGAGAGCCGGGCGAGCUCUGCGUUGCCGGGCCGCAGGUGGCCCGCGGCUACCUCAACCGACCCGAUCUGCAUUCGUUCCUGCGCUGGGAGGAUGAAUGGAUCUACCGCACAGGCGACCUCGUUCGCCUCAACGCAGCCGACGAGGCCGAGUACCUCGGCCGCAUCGAUGGAUCUCAAGUCAAGGUCAGAGGCGCGCGUCUGGAGCUUGGCGAGGUCGAUGCGGCUCUGCAGAAGGCUCUGGCCGGAACGACUGGCCGUCCAGCCAUGGCUGUCACGCUGCUUGCCGAACAUCCGCAGAUCGCGGGACCUGCACGCCUCGUCUCGUUCGUCUCAGACACCGCGCAACGGGCAGACACCGCAAACAUUGGCGCCAAUGAUCUGGUACGGCUCGACCAGCGCUCAAAGGAACUCGCCCAUACACUUCGUCGGGCGGUGCGUUCGAAGCUUCCGCAGUACAUGGUGCCAAGCCAGGUCGUCCCGCUCGCCUAUCUGCCACUGUCGACACUGUCGGGCAAGGCCGACCAGAAGGCGCUGCGUACGCUCUACCAGUCGGUCGAUCCACGCAGCCUGGGAGUCUCGGACGCAACAGAGCAAGGUCGUGACGCCACCGAGGACGAGAAGAGGAUCGCCGACAUCGUCUCCAGCACGCUGCGACUUGGGAAAGACAUCACCCUAUCGCCCAGCACGGAUCUCAUCUCGAUCGGCCUCGACAGCUUGUCGGUCGUCACGCUGGCGGGAAGGCUGCGCAAGGCUGGAAUUUCCGUCACGGCCACAGCCAUCAUGAGCGAUCCCACGAUUGAAUCCAUCGCCUCGCAGAGCCAGGCCGGCGGUGUCGACGCAACGGGGCAGUCGAGCCGGUUCGAGGCCGACGUUCAAGCGCGGACAGAGAAGGCCCGCAGCCUGCCUUCGAUGUCCGGCAAGGGGAUCGAGAAGGCGCUGCCGUGUGUGCCUCUGCAGACUGCCCUUGUCGCACAAGCCCGCUCGGAGUCGGCCUCGACCCCGCGCUACAUGACGACAGUCUCGAUCGACAUCCAGGGCACCUUCCCGCCGCAGCAGGUGCAGCAGGCAUGGCGAGAGGUGCUGCAGCGCCACGACAUCUACCGAACGGUCUUUGUCGACAUCGACGAGGAGCUCUCGCAAGUCGUCCUGGACGCAUCGAGCUGUCCCGACGUUUGGUACGCCCAGAUCGGAUCCAACCCCUCGCCAUCCGAGCUGCAUAGCCACCAUCAGCGAACCGCUCGCGAGAUUGUCGACUCGUUCUCCGAGCGCCCGCCACUCAGGCUCAAGCUGUGGCACGGCGACCACGAUUCGCAGCAAAUCUCGCUGACUUGCUCGCAUGCCAUCUACGACGGUACGUCCCUCAACCAGCUGCUACGAGAGGUCGCAUCCUGCCUUCGUUCCGAAGAAUUCCCAAACAGCGGUCAAUUCAUCGACGCCGUCCGCGAGAUUGUCGGUCAACCUAUAGAUGCCGGAAAGCGCUUCUGGACUGCCCAACUCGAAGGGUUCAGCAGGACUGCCAUGCCUCGGCUGACUGGCAAGAAGGUCUCUGCCUCAGAGCCGGCUGGCAGCGGCGAGCUGACCGUUCAAUCGUCGCAUCGGUACUCGGAGCUCGAGGCGGUCGCGCGAUCGCGCGGUGUCACGGUUCACUCCCUCCUCCUUGCGUCCUACGGCAAGCUGCUCGCCGAGUACGUCGGCGAAGACGACGUCACCAUCGGGCUCGUUCUGGGCGGUCGCACUCUGAACGUCGACAACAUCGACCUGAUACACGGACCGUGCGUGACAACGGUACCCUUCCGGUUCCGCCAGGCGCGCCGUCACGACGUCGAUGCGCUGUCGCGUUUUACCCACCGCGGCAUCAACGACGUCCUGCCGUUCCAGCAUGUGUCGCUCCCGCAGCUCAUGCGCUGGAUCGGCAUGGAUCAGUCGCCUUUCGAGGCGCUGUUCAGCUACCUCGGAGCGCGAUCGGAGACGGCCUCGUCGGUUCCCUUCGUUGAGAGGAGCACGAUCAUGGAGAAGGACUACCCUCUCGCCGUCGAGGUCGGUGCUGUCGGCGACAAAGUGUCGCUGCACGUCGCCUUCUCGACUCAGACCAUGCCACAAGAGCAUGCCGCACUCUUCCUCGAGCAGCUCGACCACGUCAUCGGCGGGGUCCUCGCCGCGUCCUCGCCGCCGUCAGCGGAUGAAAAGCACCUGUCGAUCCUCAACAGGGAGUGCUACGUCCCUAGCUCGGACUCUGAGACGUUCCUGGCUCGCUUCGCGGCUCAGGCGGCCGGCACUCCACGCGCCAUUGCCAUCGUCUUCGCCAAAAGCCUCGAGGCCGAAGCGGUUGCCCUCACCUACGAGCAGCUCGAUACGAUGUCGGACACCAUCGCUCGCCACCUCAUCCAGCAGUCGAGCGACGUCAUCGGCGUCCACCUCACAAAGGACGGUCCUGAGCUCUACGCUGCGAUGCUCGCCGUGUGGAAGGCCGGAAAAGUCUACCUGCCCCUCGAUCCGAGCCUGCCGCGAGACCGUCUCGAGUACAUGCUCGAGACUGUUGGCAAAGCCCCCGCGAUCACCAACAUGGCGACCCGCGCGACGCUGGAUGACUUCGAUUCCGAGUCGCUUGACAUCCAGGACCUGCUCCGGCCUGCUGACCCGUCGGCCAGUCUUCCGAAGCCGAGCCUCGAGGCGGCUUGCUACCUCUUGUUCACCUCCGGCUCGACCGGCCGACCCAAGGCGGUGCAAAUCGGGCACAAGGCGCUCUCGGGCGCCAUCUACUCGUGGGAGCGGAUGCUUCCGUGGUCGAAGCAGUCGCGCUUCCUCCAGCUCGCUUCAAUCGGAUUCGACGUGUCGCUGAUUGAGGUCUGCAUGCCGCUGGCGCUUGGAUUUUCGAUUGGCACCGCUCCGAAAGAGGCCCUCAUCGAGGAUCUGACCACCGCCAUUCACCGGCUGGGCAUCACCAUCGCCGACCUGCCAGCGGCUCUGGCGGGUACAGUGCACCCGGAUGACGUCGAGCUCGAGUGGCUCAUGAGCGGUGGCGAUGCCAUCGACGAGCGCGUGAUCCACGACUGGACCUCGGCCGGUCGAGUGCUGAUCAACGCCUGGGGCCCGACCGAGACGACCAUCGGCUCGAGUCUUGGCCAGGUCAAGCGAGGCGGUUCCCGCUCCAAUGUCGGUCAGGUCUACCCGGCCUGCUCGAUGUUCGUCCUCAAGGGAGAUUCCGUCGAGCCGGUAUUGCGCGGGGCGAUCGGAGAGCUUGCUGUGGGCGGCCCGCAGGUGGCCGACAAGUACUUUGGCAGGGACGACUUGACCGCUGAAAAGUUUGUCUACCUCGCCGACGGCACGAGGGUCUACCGCACUGGCGACCUGGGUCGUUUCCUGAUCGACGGCAGCGUCGAAUGCCUCGGCCGUAUCGGUGCGGACCGCCAGGUCAAGGUCAAUGGCCAGCGGGUCGAGCUCGAUGAGAUCUCGCAGGCACUUUCGAUGCACGUCGAUGUCCGAGACGCCGAUGUCCAAUACCUCAAGCACCCCGAGAUGUCGUCCAAGCAGCUCGUCGCCUUUGUCGCGCCGCACCAGACGGCUCGCAGCACAGGCCCGGACAUUGCGCUGCGCGAGGACGCUGCAGCUGUUGAGCUUGUCAGCAAGCUCGAGCAGGAGGCGACGAAGCGAUUGGCGCCUUAUAUGAUUCCCACGCAAUGGCUGGUCGUGGACGGCAAUCUUCCCCUCACGCCCAACAACAAGGUGGAUCACAAGGCCCUUGCUGCGCUCUUCGCAAGCACCGACACGUCUAUGCUGAGCCGCUUCGGCGCGAUGAGAGAGGAGGCGCUCUCCCAUGGUGCGUGGACAGCAGUCGAAGAGGAGCUGCGAGAUCUCAUCGCCGACUUUUGCGACGUACCCGUUGCGAAUAUGACCAAGACCACCUCUUUCCAUCGCCUCGGCAUCGAUUCCAUCACGGCAAUCAAACUGGUCAAACGGCUGCGCAAUGCAGGCUACCGAGUCAGCGUCUCCGACAUCCUCAGCUCGCCCUUCAUCGGUUCUCUCGCGGAGCGACACGGAGAAGCCACCGACGGUGUCGCAUCGACCGUCGAUACCGCAGGAGAUCUGCGCAGGCAUAUCGAGACCAAGGCGUCAGUGAGCGACUGGCAGCUCUCCUCGCGCGACGAGAUCAUUUCGGCGCUGCCGUGCACGCCUCUGCAGGCUGGCAUGAUCACCCAGACUCUCGCCAGCGGUGGCAAGCUCUACUUCCACCAUCAUGCGUUCCGGGCCAGAGCCACGCCACCGACGGCGGUUGUCGCCGCUUGGAAGACGCUGGCAUCGCGACUCGACAUUCUCAGGACGACCUUCCACUCGAUCGAAGAUGAGCGACCGUGGGUCCAGGCAGUCCACGCCAAUUGCGAGCCUUGUGUUUUCCAACAUGCCGGACGCUUCGAUCACGCGGCAGCCCUCGAAGAGGUCGAGGGACAGGCCGUGUUCGGCGACGUUCAGGCCUUUGCAGAGCCCCCUCACGCUCUGCACCUGUGGGCCGAUGGAGAAGGUUGCGCGUUCGUUCUGGGCAUUCAUCACGCUCUCUACGACGCUGCAUCCCUCCCACUCCUCUUCCGGGAUCUCGCUUCGCUCCUAUCGGGUUCCGAGAGCCAGGCCUUGGAACGCGCACCUUUCUAUCAGCUCGUGCCACGCCUCCUGCCCACCGACCAAGAUACCCAGCACUGGUCAAACGAGCUCCGAGACCUCCGAGCGGGCCUGCUGCGCAACAGCAAGAAGCAAGAUGUCGCCGACGGGCACGCGGUGGAGGCGGAGCAUGUCGUCUCGCUGCCCAUCAAGGCGAUCCAGCAGAGCUGCCAGAGGAGUGGCGUGACGAUCCAGGUCCUGGCGACGCUCGCCUAUGCCAAGCUGCUAGCGCUGGAGACGGGGUCGGCCGACGUCUGCUUCGGCCAGAUCUUUGGCCUUCGAGACGGCGCCGACAACGGCGAGACGAGCGUCGGACCGGCACUCAACACCGUCGCCACCCGCGUACGCUUCGACGAUCGGGAGCGCUCCGUCGCUGAGCAGUUGCAGCGAAUGCAGAAGGCGAACGACGCGGGUCGACCUCACCGCAAGGCUUCGCUGCGAGACGUCCAGCAGGCGGCCGCUCGCUCGGGUGUCCGGGCACCGCUCUUUGAUGCCUUGUUCGACUUCCAGAUCAUGGGCGAAGAUAAUGACGACAGCGGAUCGCCUGAACCGUUGCAGCCCGUCGCCAUCGGAGUGGACGACGGUCCGCCGCAGUACGCCCUCAACGUCGAGUUUGUUCAGGGCGCCGAGAGGAUGACGCUCGUCUCGACGGCCGACUCAAGCGUUUACAGCGAGAAGGCUCUCGCGGCAGCGCUCGACCGCCUCGAGAAGAUCCUCGUCCAUCUCGUCGAGGAGCGUUCCGAAGUGUCGAUCACGCAGUUGCCCUUCGAUGACCUCGAGUUCCCCACUGCGGCCUCGGUGGGCCCCAACGGCGGUUUGGAGCGAGAGCAAGCGGCGGGCGAAGCUCGUCUCCCGGAGACGGCCGACGGCAAGCGUCUUGCCGAAGUGAUUGCGCAGGUUGCCGGGGUCUCGGUGGACAAGAUCCACUCGUCGAUGCGCCUCAGCUCGCUCGGCCUCGACUCAAUCUCGGCCAUCCGCAUCGCAUCACUCGCGCGCCGUCAGGGGCUCGUUCUCGGCGUGGCUGACAUCGUCUCGGCAGAGACCGUCGAGGGCAUCGUCGAUCUUGUCAGCUCCAAAGCAGAGCAGCGGAAGAAGGCCGGCGCCUCCGCAGGUCAGACGGCCGUGUCAGCAGCGGUCCAUCAGGCAGCAUUGGCACAGCUCGACCUCCGCGCCGACGCGAUCGAGAGGAUCCUCCCUCUCCUCUCGGGCCAGGCGGUACUCGCCGCCGGGUGGCUCGAAUCGGGCAAGCGCUUCGGCGUCUACAGCUUCACCUUCCGCGCGCCUCAACGUCUCGACUCGAAGCGCCUCAACGAGGCCUGGACGAAGCUGCAGCAGCGCCACGCCAUCCUGCGCACCGCCUUCCUCGCCGUCCAACGAAAGCCGUACCAGGUCGUGCUCAAGUCGGGGCAGGAAUGUGCUGCGGUUCGAGAGGAAGCCGUCGACUCUAGCCGCUUGGAAGAGGCGGCAAUGGACGCGAUCCGCGCGGCCAACGCUGCCCCCUGGGACCUGCGCACGCCGCCGAUUCGGCUGACGCACAUCUCCAGCGCUGCUGCCUCCGACAACGACGGCGGAAGCGUGGUGGUGCUGAGCCUGCACCAUUUGCUCUACGACGCCUUUUCGCUCGACCUGCUCGUGCGCGACCUGCAAGCCCUCUACGCAGGAUCCGAUUGCCCGAGCACGUCGAACUGGGCCGACUAUGUCGAUCAUCUCUCGGCCACCACGUCUUCGGAGGCCUCGGCUCGCUUCUGGAGGCAGUCGCUGCAGCACGCCGAUGCCGCAGUGCUGCCAUCGACGUCGAAAGAUGAGGCGGGCAAGGCCGAGGCCGACGAGAUCUUCACCUUCCAUCCGGCCAUCCUCCAGGACUUUAUCCGAUACGAGCAGCGCCUCCGCGCACGCCAGACGAGCCUGCAGGCGCUCUUCAUCGCUGCGUGGUCGCGCCUCCUCUCGUCGUGGACGGGCAAGGCGUCACCCCUGUUUGCCGUCUUCCAGCUGGGCCGCUCCGCCUCGUUCGACGGCAUCGAGAGGCUGGCGGCGCCGCUCAUGUCGAUUCUGCCCAUGGCGCUCGAGCCGUCGCCGUCUGCAGACCGGCCAUCUGGAUCGGUCGCCGAUCUGGUAGAGUCGUCGCGGGACGUCGCGCACCAGCUGCGCCGACGUGCCGAGUUUGAGCAGACGGACCUGGCCGACAUCGCCCGAGCGGCAGGAUGGGGCACCGAAGAGGCACGUUGGAACACUUAUAUCAACGUCCUCAUCCCUCCGUCACCAUCUCCGUCGUCGUCGGAGCAGGACGUCGAGGGAUGGCAAGAGGUCAAGCUAGGGCAACCGACCGACUUUGUCCCGCCCAAGCCGCUCCAGUACGCCUCGACGCUCGACGCCAUCGAGCAUGCGCCCCUCGUGCGGUCCGACGUGGCCGUCGACGUCGCCCUCGACCCCGCCACGGACAGCGUGACGGUGGGCAUCCGGGCCAAGAAGAGCAUCCUCGACGCCGACCGGGCGGCAGAGGUCGCACGACAGCUCGCGCGCGACGUCAGGGAGGCGCUCGAGCAGCUCGACUAG